AUGGUCUCCACGGACGCCAAGGCGUAUCUUGAAAAGAUGCCUGAAUCUUGCCCCGAUAUCGAAUAUCUUGCGGUCGAUGCUUACUUUGGUCAAUAUUCUUCUCCAUUGCUCCGUCUUCAUGAGGAAUACGCCAAAGAACCUGGAAACUAUGUUAGCAUAGUUGUGUCCCCAGCCGCGCCCAGAUCUCGUGGAAGCGUGACCAUCAAGACUUCCAAAGCCAGCGAUCCCCCUGUCAUUGACCCUAACUGGAUGGCGGACCCUAUUGAUGCCGAGAUCGCUGUCGCUGGAUAUAAGAGAAUCAUCUUGGCCGACGAUGUCCAGGAAGCCGAAAUCUAUCCAGGACCCGGUGUAGAGACAGAUGAGCAGAUUCUUGAGCAGAUCCGCAACUCACUGGUUCCAGUAUUUCACGCGUCUACUACGUGCCGCAUGGGCAAGACCGAUGACCCCGAUGCCGUUGUUGACACUAAAGCGAGGGUUAUUGGCGUGAAGGGCUUGAGAGUGAUAGACGCCAGUUCUUUUGCUCUCCUCCCUCCCGGACACCCGAUGAGCACGGUCUAUGCACUGGCCGAGAAGAUCGCUGAUGACAUCAAGAGAGGGGACUAG